UAGUAAUUCACUUCUUCCCGUCGCCCCCUACUUGUCUCGUUAAGGGAGAAUCGGCUUUGUUUCCAUAUGGCACCUAGUAUCGUACUAGUAGCACCUGGAGAACCUCGCGAAGGCAAUAAGCCACAACCAUUGGGAAAUUUUGUCCUGAUAUUCCUCUUCACCACUUCCACGUUGUGCUUGCUUUACUUGCUUUGGCGUCGCGCAAGUACUUUGCGUGCAGUAGUAUCCCACCAGUGCGAUCAUUCAGUCAAGUUCGUGUCACAUAUUUCGGACUUAUACAAACACAGACUACAAACGUGGACAAGGCCGGAAGGUCAAAUUCGCCUCUCCGAGGACGACGGUCCAUCUGCUACCGAGUUUCUGACUGAUGGGGACGACGAAGAUAUUGGAAUAGUAGAUGGUGUGAUCCUGGGUCAGGACGAAGAACGACCAAGGAAUGAGGUUAUCACUCUACCUUCUGUCAGACCUGGUUCCCCAUCGUAAAACAUAUAUUUCAUCAUUUGUUUUGCCAUGACCUGCCGCUUGAUUCUAUUCCUGGGGACG